AUGGAAGACAACUCGCUCAAUAUCCAAAACGGUGGACAAAUGGGGCCACCAAGCGGCUCCAAUGCUAACAAUAAACAAAGUGAAGAAGUGAACCCCAAAUCUCAUUAUUCUAUACCGGGAAUCUUACAUUUUAUUCAACAUGAAUGGGCUAGGUUCGAAUUAGAAAGAUCACAAUGGGAAGUGGAUAGGGCCGAAUUACAAGGCGAGCGUAAAGGCCAGGAGAACCUCAAGAACGACCUCGUGCGCCGCAUUAAGAUGCUCGAGUUCGCGCUCAAGCAGGAGCGCGCCAAGUUCCACAAGCUCAAGUACGGCACGGAGCUGCAGCAGGGUGACAUGAAGCCGCCAUUCAUCGACGAGUCGGGCGAGUCGCAGCUGGACUCCGACCAGUCAUACAUUUCCGUGUCGAAUUCGACGUGGAAGCAGGGCAGGCAGCUGCUCAGGCAGUACUUGCAGGAGAUAGGCUACACCGACAGAAUCAUCGAUGUCAGAUCGACGAGGGUCAGAUCUUUAUUGGGGUUGAACAACAAUAACGCCGAUCAAGAGGAGAACCACAACAGCGGCUCGGUGAACGGAAACGAGUCGAACAAAAGGGCUAGUGAAACGCAAGACCAUGGUUUGCUUGGUGUCCCAGGUAGGAGGACGCCGGCGAAGAAGGCGCAGCCGAGCUCUUUGGCGGAGGCGAUGAUGCUGGACACGGAGGCGGCCGUCAUGGCCAACUUGGAGUUCCUGUCCAACGCCGACGUCGACAUGGACGACGACGAGGACAUGAGCGAUGACGUCGAUAUCGAGCAGGCCGACGAUAUCGACGAUGACGUCACGAUCGGGGGCAAGAAAGGUUUAGGUGAUGACGUGGAUGCGAUAGCUUUAGAGGUUUUCAAUGAGCUGAAUCGGUUGUCCGAAGCAGAGAAGAAACAGGAUAUUAAGAGCGAACAAGCCGACUGGAAUAAGGCCUCGUCUCCGAAACGCCCCGUCCACCCGUCGGACGAGGACCCGCCCGACUCGAGCCUCGGCCUGGGCGAGCUGGCCCAGCUGACCGUCAACAACGACGCGGACGCCGCCUACGACGUGGCCGGCACCAAAGAGGCGUUCCGCAAAACGUGGAACGCCAAGUACACGCUCAGGAGCCAUUUCGAUGGCGUGCGCGCGCUGGCGUUCCAUCCGAGCGAGCCGGCGCUGGUCACGGCCAGCGAGGACCACACGCUGAAGCUGUGGAACCUGCAGAAGACGGUGCCGGCGAAGAAGAGCGCCAGCUUGGACGUGGAGCCGCUGUAUACGUUCCGGUGUCACGCCGGCGCCGUCCUCUGUCUGGCGAUGUCCGGCUCGGGCGAGCACUGCUACUCGGGCGGCCUCGACGGCGCCAUCAACUGCUGGAACGUGCCGCCCUCGAACGUCGACCCGUACGAUCUGUACGAGCCCGAGGUGCUGCACGCCGCCCUGCGCGGCCACCAGGACGCCGUGUGGGGCCUGUCGGUGUUCGACGGCGAGCGCAGGCUGCUCUCGUGCUCGGCCGACGGGACGGUCAAGUUGUGGAGUCCGCACAGCAAGAGUGCAAAUUUUUAUAAUGCCAAGCUAAAACAAUACAAGCUUUGUCCUAAAUUAACUAAUGCACAUUUGAAUCCCAGUAAUUUUCAAAAAAUGAAGGUGAAAUAUGCCUCGCAAGUCUUCAGUCAUUCUGUGGCUGCUGCUUUUUAUACCUACGUAGAUUUUGAAGUUUCACCACCAGAAGCAAAAGUAACUACUGCAAAAUUCAUAAAAAUAAUGAAUGAUUUAUUCGAUUUAUUAAAUUCCUGCCAUUUGAAUAAUUUUAACGCAUUCAUGGGCACAGAGAAACAAUUCCAAUUUCUUGAAAAAAUUGAAAACAUUAGCCCAAGAGCACUGACGGCGGCGAUCAAGGCGCUCACCUCAUAUAGGGUGACCUCCACCUUGGUGUCAGAGUGCAUAGAUAGCCUACAAAGGCUGUCAGCAACGAACAAAGUAUGUUUUUUGUGGGUCCCUGGAGACUCAGGGGGGCCAGGUAACGAAAUUGCCGAUGGUCUGGCCAGAAAGGGGGCGAAGGGUUCAGAUGAAGGAAAUCCUGACGGAAAGGUUUCAGGACAGCUGGAGAGAGGCUCCCGGAAUGAGGCAGUCCAAACUCCAUAUAGGAAACCCGUCACGAAGACAGACCAAUGCCCUCAUGGCUUUGAACAGGAAGGAGCUGAAACUGGUGCAACAGCUCCUCUCGACGUACAUCUCCGAACAGGACGGCAUCCCGUCCAGCGUCGACUUUGUGCGCGACGAGCCGCACAGGCUCGUCGCCUCCUACGAAAGCGCCAACUGCGUCAUCUUCGACGCGGAGACCGGCAAGCCGGUGGUGCGCCUCGAAUUGGCGUCGAGCGCAGGCGCAGACGGCUCGGGAGGCGUGGCAGCGUCGUCGCGGCACAUCAACAAGAUCGUGUGCCACCCGACGCUGCCGCUGACGGUGACGGCGCACGAGGACCGGCACAUCCGGUUCUGGGACAACGGGACGGGGAAGAUGGUACACUCGAUGGUAGCGCAUCUGGACGCGGUGACGAGCUUGGCGGUCGAUCCGAACGGGCUGUAUCUGCUUUCAGGCUCGCACGACUGCUCGAUCCGGCUGUGGCACUUGGACAACAAGACUUGCGUCCAGGAGAUCACCGCCCACCGGAAGAAGUUCGACGAGAGCAUCCUGGACGUCGCCUUCCACCCCUCCAGGCCGUACAUAGCCAGCGCAGGCGCCGACGGGCUAGCCAAAGUUUUCGUUCAACAGCUAUUCUAUUGAAGCGCUCCACCUUAUUAUUUCUAGCAUUUACAGUAUCACAGUUGAAGUUAGCAUCGUAUGGGAUUGUUCUUUCAUUUUGGUUCUGCGAAUUGGUACUGAGUGCAGAUUGA